AAAAUACGCACUUACGAAAGUUUCAGAAUGACGACAUUGCUGAUACCCAAUGUUAUGGUGGGUUUGCGUCACAUAUGGACCAUGUCAAGUUAUUACUGUCACGACGAUAAAAUGCAGACUCUCUUGUGCCAGAUUUCGAAUGUCUUUACGGAGAAGGUCAAAAAUAUAGUGUGUUUUGAGAAAAUAUUUCGGUAUUCAUCCCGAUACACAUACGAAACAGCGACCAAUUGUGCAAAUUUAUUGAAAUGUUGGAAAACGGCCUACCUAAUGAGUCGAAAGUAUAUUGAAGAUUCCGGAGCCGGCUCGCGAUGGGAAUUCGAUCGCAAUGCUCUAUUUAACGAUGUUGAUCACAUAACUCGAAUUAGCCGAGACAUUGCUUCAGUGGGGCGUGUGUUCAUUCAAUAUGAAAACCUCUUUGGAAACCGUUUGAAGUGCAUAAUUACCGACCCAACACUGGUCGAAGGAUUAAUGCGCAAAGUCUACCGUUUACUCGAUGAUAUGUUAUCUAGUGUGGAUUACGAUAUUUUUCGACCCGGAAAUUGGGAAAAUUGGGAGCACACCCUUAGUACGUUCUACAAACGCUUAGAUGCUGUGGAAUCGGAAGCGAAGCAAGUGAUUGAAAAGAGUAUAACAAUGUUGAGAUCGUCCGAUCUAGGUUUGGAACUAAUACGCGAUGUUAAAUUUUUGGACACUAGAAAGGUUCUAACGGACUUCCUAUCCACGAAACACGAAAACCUUUUGAGAUUUUUUGUUACGGAAAUAAAUACAGUCGAAUGUGAAUUUAUGAAUCAUAAAAAAGCCCCGCCAAUUGGUAAACAUCAGCCAGCGAAAAUCGGCGCCAUACAAUGGACGCGAUUAUUGAGCGCCAAACUGAAAAUAUCCGUAUUGGCAUUUAAACGGAUGGAGAAUGAACCCAACCUAAAGAAUAGCUACCUAAAGCGUAGUGCUUUUAAGUCCUACUUUGAGCUGGUGAAUAAAAUGCACAUUUACGAAAAUAAUUUAUUUGAAAAGUACUGUUCCGAGGCCACAUACUUAGUAAAUGGUUUAAUGCGAAAGAACAUUCUUAAAAUACAGAUUUGUAAACGUGAGACACUGACCUACAUAUCAGAUGCUUUGGAGACUAUAAAAUUGAAAAAGGGCAAAUCUGUGGAUGAAUCGAGCGCACCUGUCGCUAGUGUCACUGAGACAUUUAGUCAAACCGUUCCAACCGGUUUCAUUCGCAAAAUAACUAAAUUUACAGUGAUAGCAACAUUGCUACAGUGGUUAAUGGGCCGCAAACCAGUUGCCGAUGGCCAAUUUUUAAAGGCGGUGGAAUUUUUAAAAUUAAUGAAAUCGGGAAAAGUAAAACCAACCGAAAGAGAUAAAUUUUGUAUAAAACAAUGCGAACUUUUAGUCAAGACAUCAACUCAGGAUGGCCUUCCAACGUGGCGUGCUUUAGUGGGUGACAAGAUACUGAUUGAAUAUGAAAUGCGUUUUACUGUCAAUUUAACCAGAGAUAUCUUUGAAAUAAUGUUUGAGGGCCAGCAAUUUGAACACUUUGGAUUUGCGCUUCCCUCCGUUCUGCGAACGGCCAUCAUGAAAAAGGAAAUGCUGUUCAAUGAUUUCGAAGCUGUGUCUACUGUCAUAGACCGAUACAACUCUUUGCUAGACAAACUUUCACUAUCAGAGGUUAAUUUCUUGCGUGAUCACCUUUAUGAAACCGAAGUUGCCAUUCAUGUUGGCGUUGGCCGCUACACAUGGCAAUCGUUCAAUAUCAAGAAAUACUGUGAUGGAGUUUGCGGCCUUAUGCGAAAAUUACAAUCCAUUGUUUCACAAAUCAAUUAUAUACGCAUCGACAUAAGAAAUCGAAUAAAUCAAAUAAAGAACUUUAAUCUGUUUAGCAUUGAUGAUGUCCAAAGCGCCGAUAUUGCUAACAUUGAAGUUGACAAUAAAUCGGAACUUCAACAUUCCACAGAAACUAGCGAAGAUCAAGAAAUGGAUGGAGAUAAAGGAAAAAGAAUACAAAUUAUUCGCAUGCGUGAUUCGACAGAUGCACUGACUACAGACAGGAAGGAUUGCGGCAGUGGUAUUUAUCAUUGUCAAGUCUAUAUGGAUCACCUGGAAAGUGCACGGACUGAAAAAUGUUCACAGAUGAAGAAAACGUACGAUUCAUUGGGGCCGGUUCUAAUUAAAUUAGAAAGUUUGGUAUUGGGCACCUUCACCGGUCGAUCGGAGAAAAUGAGAGAAUACUACGUAUUCUGGGAAGAGGAAACCUAUAAAUGUAUUUUAGACUUCACUUAUAAAAAUUUAGAGUGUUAUUUGGACCGUCUACUUGGAAACCAGCCCAUGUUUGAAAUCAAUGCGAUAAUAGUUCUAUCGGAGAUCAUGCUCGAACCAUCCGCAAAUGAAGUUAAGAAUAUGAUUGUCCAAUCCUGUAAAGAUUUCUUGGAACGCUUAAAAAUGUUCACACGCUGGAUGGAUGGGACAUGUAUACCCUGUUCACCUAUUGAUAAUGAUGGCGAUGGGAAGUACACGUUCACAUUCUACGAAGAUGUCGUAAAGAUAAAAACAAUUGGAGGUUUAGUUGUGAAAAUUCAAGAACUCGCUAAUCGUGUGGUUGAAGAUGCCAAGAACUGUGUUCAAAAAUUUCGCAAAUACUACAAUCUGUGGGCAUUUGAUAAGGAAACAAUUUGUGAAAAAUAUGUGGAUCGUGGUGUGCCACUUGUGCAGCUUGACGAGAAAUUUACAUUUUAUGCAAAUAUCAGGAACGAAUUGCAGCAGUUGCCAACAUACUACGAUGUCCAAUGUAUACGCAUAAAUUUGAAGCCACUGCUGGACACCAUUUGCCAUCACGCCCAACAAUGGUGCACCAAAUUGGGCGAAAAGCUGGCACAGCGCACUGUUGCCAAUAUGGAUAAAAUGCGAUUGGAAAUUAAAACACUCAGUGAAAAUUUGAAUAGGGCCACAAAAGAACUCAGCGACUUCAAAUUGGUUAUGCAAACUAUUUCAACAAUUCAAUCGACGACGUUGACUCACGAAAUCAUAAUCCGGGAAAUGCAGGAGACCUACACCGUGCUGAGUGAACACAAUAUAAAUUUUAAUUUCGAAGACAUGCUAAUGGCUCAUCAUUUGGGAAAACGUUGGCAACGCCUCUAUCGUUCAGCUCUAUAUCGGCUGGACAAAGUGCAGCCGAUUAAACAAAAAUUCGCCGAUAUGACGUCCCUCGAAAUAUCCAGCUUUUGGAAGGAGCUAGAAAUAUUUAUAAGCGAUUUUAAGAACAACGGACCCGGAUCUGUUGGACCCGAUUUGGACCGUGGCUUUAAAUUGAUGGAACCAUAUGGCAAUAAAAUGAACGAAUUUGAAAGUCGCAGAAUUGAACUGGCCAAUGCUGAGAAACUCUUCGAUAUGCCAAUGCAAGACUACAAUGAGUUUACUCAUCUCAAGGAGGACUACGAAGGAAUGCAAAUUAUUUACAAAUUGUAUAAAAGCCAAAAGUCAGCACGAGAGGGAUGGUCGAAGACAUUGUGGGCCGAUUUGGAUCCUACUGUGCUGACAGAGGGUGUGGAAAGUUAUUUAAAAGAAUUUCGUAAACUUCCCAAACAGGUGCGUCAAUUGCCAGUUGGUCAAAUGCUGGAAUUGCAAAUGAAGCAAUUCAAGGGAACAGUUCCGCUUAUGGUGAGCUUAAAAAAUGAAGCAUUGCGAGAACGCCAUUGGUUACAACUGAUGGAAAAAACGGGUCAAUACUUCGAUAUGACUCCAGAACGUUUCACUCUUGAAAAUAUGUUUGCAAUGCAAUUGCAUAAAUAUCAGGAAAUUGCCGAACAAAUCCUAAAUAAUGCCAUCAAAGAAUUGGCCAUUGAAAAAGGCGUUAAAGCUGUUGAGGAUACUUGGGCCGCCAUGAGCUUUAAAGUGCACAAACAUUACAAAGGAUCCGAAGAACGUGGCUAUACACUGGGAGCAGUGGAUGAAAUCGUUCAGGUGCUCGAAGAUAAUUCAAUGAACCUUCAAUCAAUGGGUGCCUCGCAAUUCAUUGGACCAUUCCUUGAGACGGUCAAUCGGUGGGAACGUAAUUUAGCUCUAAUAUCGGAAAUCAUCGAUGAGUGGCUAGUGGUGCAACGUAAAUGGCUGUACUUGGAGGGCAUUUUCAUUGGUGGAGAUAUACGUUCUCAGCUGCCGGAAGAAGCUAAAAAAUUCGAUGACAUUGACAAGGCAUAUCGGAGGAUAAUGAUCGAUUGUGCUAAAAAUCCGUUAGUUGUACCAUUCUGUACAAUACCCGGGCGGCUACCCGAAAUUCAAGGUCUGAGCUUGGGACUGGAAAACUGUCAAAAAUCUCUGAACGAAUAUCUCGAAUCCAAACGACGAAUAUUUCCCAGAUUUUACUUCAUUUCCACAGAUGAGCUAUUGUCCAUUUUGGGAAGCUCGGAACCAACUGCUGUCCAACAUCAUAUCAUAAAGAUGUACGACAAUGUGAAAUCGCUGCGUAUAAUCAAGGAGAGUUCCACCCUGAGCAUUGUCAACGCAAUGAUAUCUACCGAAGGCGAAAUUUUGGAGUUCCGUCAAAGCGUUCGUGCCCAGGGACGUGUGGAGAAUUGGAUGAAUGACGUUUUGGACGAGAUGCGGCGAUCGAAUCGAUACCUAACCAAAAAAGCAAUUUAUGAUUAUGGAACUGAUCUCGAAAUAACCAGACCAGAUUGGCUAAUGAAUUACCAAAGUAUGGUUGGCUUGGCCGCCAGCCAGGUAUGGUGGACUUCAGAGGUGGAGGAGGCAUUCAACCAAGCUCAGAAUUUCGGCAAUUUAAGAGCCAUGAAAGAUUUUCUGGACAAACAAAACUACCAAAUGGAUGAAUUGGUGUUGAAAGUGCGUUCCAACCUCAGCUCGAACGACCGCAAGAAAUUCCGAACCAUUGCAACAAUAGACGUACAUGCCCGCGACAUUAUCGAAACAUUCGUAAGGGACAAUGUGCUGGAUGCACGAGAAUUUAGCUGGGAGAGCCAAUUGCGUUUCUAUUGGAUUAAAAUGUAUGACAAUUUGUAUGUUAUCCAGUGCACGGGCCGAUUUGAUUACGGCUAUGAGUAUUUGGGUUUAAAUUCUCGCUUGGUAAUUACUCCGCUGACAGACCGAAUUUAUCUUACAAUUACGCAAGCCCUUCUUAUGAAUUUGGGCGGCGCGCCAGCUGGCCCGGCAGGAACUGGUAAAACUGAAACCACAAAGGAUUUGGCCAAAGCCAUGGCUCUGCUGUGUGUCGUCACUAACUGCGGCGAAGGAAUGGACUUUAGAGCGGUGGGCACAAUACUUUCAGGGCUGGCACAAUGUGGUGCUUGGGGUUGCUUCGACGAAUUCAAUCGCAUCGAUAUUUCUGUGCUCAGUGUAAUUUCCACUCAACUACAGACCAUACGAAAUGCUCUGUUAAGGAAAUUGGAUCGAUUUGUGUUUGAAGGAAGUGAAAUUGGAAUCGAUCGUAAGGUGGGCAUUUUUGUCACCAUGAAUCCUGGUUAUGCUGGACGCACGGAAUUGCCCGAAUCUGUAAAGGCUCUUUUUAGACCGGUGACAUGUAUAAAACCGGAUUUGGAGUUAAUUUGUUUGAUCUCUUUAUUCUCAGACGGUUUUCUAACAGCGAAAGUUUUAGCCAAAAAGAUGACUGUUCUAUAUGCCCUGGCUCAGGAACAGCUGUCGAAGCAGUGCCACUAUGACUGGGGACUGCGCUCAUUAAAUUCUGUGCUUCGUAUGGCGGGUGUUAUGAAACGCCAAUCAGAUGAUUUGCCCGAGGCGGUGGUACUAAUGCGAGUGCUGCGUGAUAUGAACUUUCCGAAAUUUGUUUUUGAAGAUGUGCCAUUAUUUUUGGGACUCAUUAAGGAUUUGUUUCCGGGCAUUGAGUGUCCUCGUGUGGGUUACCCAGAUUUCAAUGCCGCCGUACGCCAAUGUCUGGUAAAUGACGGCUAUAUUCUUCUGGCGGACCAGGAGGAUAAAGUAGUUCAAAUGUACGAAACGAUGAUGACCCGACACUCGACCAUGAUUGUUGGUCCAACAGGUGGCGGCAAAACGGUUGUCAUAAAUACUCUAAUUAAGGCUCAAACCUACAUGGGUCUGCCAACAAAAUGCAUUACACUUAACCCGAAGGCAUGUUCCGUAAUUGAAUUAUACGGAUACCUGGACCCGGAUACACGUGAUUGGUUGGAUGGCUUGUUUUCGAAUAUUUUCCGAGAGAUGAAUAAACCAAUAGAACGUGACGAACGCCGUUAUGUCUGUUUUGACGGAGACGUUGAUGCGCUAUGGAUUGAAAACAUGAACUCGGUUAUGGAUGAUAAUAAGCUGCUGACAUUAGCAAAUGGCGAACGUAUUAGAUUGGAAAACUACUGCGCUCUGUUGUUCGAGGUUGGCAAUUUAAAUUACGCUUCUCCCGCAACUGUUUCUCGUGCCGGAAUGGUAUAUGUUGAUCCCAAGAAUUUGCGCUACAGCCCCUAUUGGCAAAGGUGGGUCUUAACCAGACCCGAGUCUCAAAGAGAACUUCUGAAUGAUAUGUUUGAAAAAAUCAUAACACCAGCGAUUGCUUUCAUUCACGAAGGCCUGGAUGGCACAUCGCAAGGUAAUCCCCUGAAAACAGUAAUCAUGCAAACGGAAUUGAAUAUGGUUGUACAGUUCUGCAACAUGUACGAUGCUCUGCUGCCACCAUUCGAAAAGCAGGAUGAUUUGGCAUUUGGAGCACCAGCACCGGUGGCCUACGAUACGGAUGCACUGGAGUGCGGAUUUAUUCAAUGCAUUUAUUCGUCAUUGGGUGCCUGUUUAAUUGAACAUGAUCAGACAGUCUUUGAUGAGUUUUUAAAGCGCAUCUCCGGCUUUCCCUGUGUACAGGAUUCCAAAGAUAAGCCAGCGUCGGGGGGACAGCUACCCACGAGCAAAACGACCUUAUACGAAUAUUUCUAUUGCCGCGAGAACAACUGUUGGAUGGCAUGGGAGUGGGUAGUGCCAGAGUACAAGCACGACCCACAAAUGAAAUUCAGUGAAAUUUUGGUGCCAACAGUUGACAGCACACGAACGGUGCACACGUUGGCUUUGAAUAGUGAUAUAAAACGACCCGUGUUAUUGGUUGGUGAAGCUGGUACAUCGAAAACGGCUAUUAUAUCACAGUACCUGAGAAGUCUCAACAAGGAUGUCAAUAUUUUAUUGAAUAUUAAUUUUUCAUCGAGGACUUCAUCCAUCGAUGUGCAGCGCACAUUGGAGGCAGCUGUUGAGAAGCGCACAAAAGACACAUUCGGCCCACCGAUGGGAAAGAAGAUUGCAUGUUUUAUUGAUGACAUGAAUAUGCCGCAAGUUGAUGAAUACGGAACACAACAACCCAUUGCUCUCCUUAAGCUUUUCUUCGAACGCGGUGGCAUGUACGACCGGGAAAAGGAUCUGUCAUGGAAAAAAUUCAAAGAUAUAUCCUUCUAUGCGGCCAUGGGAUGCGCUGGCGGGGGACGCAAUGAAGUUGAUCCCCGAUUUAUAUCAAUGUUUUCGGUCUACAAUAUUGUCUUUCCAAACGACGAGUCCCUGCAACAGAUCUACACCUCAAUAUUCAGAGGCCACCUGCAGUAUAGCAGUUCGUUCGAGAGUAAAUUUCUGCCAAUUGCUGACAUCAUUGUUCAAAUGACUUUGAGAUUGUUCAAGAUUGUUAUUGCCGAACUGCCUCCCACACCAUCGAAGUUCCAUUACAUAUUCAAUUUAAAGGAUCUCUCACGCAUCUUUGCCGGCAUGCUGCUGAUACACUCGAAUUAUUUUAAAACAUUGCGGAAUCUGGUGCGUGUAUGGCGUAAUGAGUUUACACGCAUUAUAUGCGACCGUUUAAUUUCUGAAGCGGAUUUGAAAUUGAUGAAACAUCACAUGGAGAAGGAAUUGAAUGAAACAUUCCCAGCUGAUUUUGAAAUUGAAAAUGGAUUUGCGGAACCGGAAAUUGUUAUUCCAGAUCACCUGGACGACGAUGAAGAAGAAGACGUCGAUGGUGAUCUACCCCUUACGUUAGUUCAAUACGUAAUGAGAGAUCCAUUACUAUUCGGCGAUUUUCGUAAUGCUGUCAAUGAAUCUGAACCGAGGUUUUAUGAGGAUCUCCUGGAUUACGAGGCAGUUUAUGCGCUUUACGACGAAAUAUUGGAUGAAUACCAAGAACGUAGAGGAAACAUGCCUUUAGUUCUGUUCGAGGAUUGCUUGGAGCAUUUAACAAGGGUACAUCGAACCCUGAGAAUGCACCGCGGUCAUGUCCUGUUAGUGGGCGUUGGUGGAAGCGGUAAAAAGUGUAUAAGUCGCUUGUCAGCAUUUGCGGCGGAAUGUGAAGUCUUUGAAAUCACUGUGGCUAGGGGAUAUGGCGAACAAUCAUUCCGGGAAGAUUUGAAGACUCUCUACACCAUGGCUGGUGUGCAGCGGAAGAAAACGGUUUUCAUCUUUACAGCGGCACAGGUGGUGGAAGAAGGAUUUCUAGAACUCAUCAAUAACAUACUGACUGUUGGUCUUGUUCCGGCCCUCUUCAGCGACGAAGAAAAAGAGUCUAUUGUCAAUUCGUGUCGCAGUGCCGCCGAAGAGGAAGGCUUCUCUGCCUCCAAAGAUUCGGUAUGGACCUAUUUUUUGGGCAAAUGUUCUGAGAAUAUGCACGUGGUUUUGAGUAUGUCUCCAUCGGGUGAUGCUUUACGAAAUCGUUGCCGCAAUUUUCCGGGCUUAAUAGGCAGUACCUACAUCGAUUGGGUAUUCCCAUGGCCAAGGCAGGCACUAGCCGCAGUAGCCCAGCUAUUUCUAAGUGAACAUGAAUUGAUUCCUGGCACUCAACGCGAACGCAUUAUGAACCAUGUCGUUCAUGUGCACAGUAGCAUGCAUCAUUACUCCAAGGACUACUUGCAAAAGCUCCGGCGCAACAAUUAUGUUACGCCCAAGCAUUAUCUUGACUACAUCAACACAUACUUAAGACUAUUGGAGGAGAAAAACGCCUUCAUAACAAUGCAGAGAGACCGUCUACACGAAGGCAUUCACAAAAUUGACGAGGCGUCCAAACAAAUCGACGAACUUCGAAUAUUGGUUACCGAACAGAAACAUAAGGUGGGCAUUGCAUCGGAGGAAUGCGAGCAGAUGUUGAUAGAAAUCGAGGAAGCCACGCAAAAAGCCAAUACCAAGAAAACCGAAGCAUCAGAAAAGUCCGUAGAGGUGGAGAUCAAGGGCAAGCAAAUUGCAAUUGAGAAGGAAGACGCCGAAGAAGCCUUGGCGGAAGCAAUGCCUGCCUUGGAAGAGGCUCGACGAGCUCUCUCGGAACUGGAUAAGGCUCAAAUAACUGAAAUCCGUUCGUUCGCCACCCCACCUCCUCAGGUUCAGGUUGUAUGCGAAUGUGUUGCCAUUUUAAAGGGCUACAAGGAAAUCAAUUGGAAAACGGCCAAGGGAAUGAUGUCUGAUGUCAACUUUCUGAAGAGCCUCAUGGAAAUGGACUGUGAGGCUCUGACAGGCAAACAAAUCAACCAGUGCCGCAAUCACAUGAAAACCCAGCAUUUGGAUGAAAUGGAAAAGAUAUCCAUUGCUGGUGCUGGUCUAUUGAAGUUCGUCCGAGCCGUAAUUGGAUUCUACGAAGUUUACAAGGAAGUAAAGCCGAAAAAGGAACGGGUCGACUUCCUGGUGGCUGAGCAGGAACAGCAGAUCAAACUUCUGAACCAUUUGAAUGCAGAAAUUGCAAAGUUGGAAGCCCAGCUGGACUCACUAAACCACCGAUAUGCAGAGUCAAUGAAGAAAAUGAAGGUUUUAACCGAGAUGAUGCAGACGGCUGAAAGAAGACUGAUUGCUUCGGACAAAUUGAUUAGCGGCUUGAGUUCUGAACGUAUUCGUUGGAGCCACGACUUUGAAAACUAUGGCCAGCAACUGGUGGUUAUGCUGGGCCAAUGUCUGUUGUGUGCUUCCUUCCUGGCAUACACGGGAGCAUUUUCGUGGGAAUUCCGCAAGACUAUGGUCUUUGAGGACUGGUUGCCUGACAUUAUCCAAAAAGAAAUACCCAUUAAAACGCCGUUUCACAUUGACGAAAGCCUCACAACCGAUGUUGAAAUAUCCACGUGGACUUCAGAAGGCCUACCUCCCGACGAGUUGUCCGUUCAAAACGGUAUACUCACAGCUCGGGCAUCACGUUUCCCAUUAUGCAUCGAUCCUCAGCUACAGGCUUUAACAUGGAUCAAGAGAAAGGAACAAAAGAAUCACCUGAAAGUUCUCUCAUUCAACGAUUCAGACUUCCUCAAACAGUUGGAAAUGUCCAUCAUGUACGGCAUUCCCGUCCUCUUCGAAGACGUCGACGACUACAUUGACCCUGUGAUAGACAAUGUCCUCCAAAAGAACAUUCAGUUAGUGAGCGGGCGUAAAUUUGUCAUGCUAGGCGACAAGGAUGUCGACUAUGACCCAAACUUCAGAAUGUACUUGACCACAAAAUUCUCUAAUCCUAAGUUUGAUCCGGCCGUCUUUGCAAAGGCGAUGGUUAUUAACUACACUGUAACACUUACUGGCCUGGAGGAUCAGCUAUUGAGCGUUGUUGUACGAGCGGAAAGACCGGAUCUAGAAGCCCAACGCGAAACGCUGAUAGCCAGAACAAGUGAAAAUAAACAGUUGUUACAACAACUGGAGGACUCCCUGCUGAGGGAAUUGGCCACCUCAACGGGCAAUAUGUUGGACAAUGUCGAGUUGGUGGACACAUUGGAGAACACAAAGUCCAAGGCAGCAGUGGUCAUGGAACAACUGGUGUUAUCUGCUGAAACACAAAAAGAUAUUGAAAAGCUACGAGAUGGCUACAGGCCGGCGGCCAAACGGGGUGCAGUUCUGUUCUUUGCCCUCUCCGACAUGUCCACCGUCAACACAAUGUACCAGUACGCACUGGCAGCCUAUCUAGACGUAUUCACCUUUUCGUUGCGAAAGUCCGUCCCGGACACUGUGCUUUCGAAACGUCUCAACAACAUCAUAAAGACGCUCACGGAGAAUGUCUACAGUUAUGGCUGCACCGGCAUAUUCGAACGUCACAAACUGUUGUUCUCUUUUCAAAUUGCCACCAAACUAGCUCAACGGGAAGGUCAGCUUAGUCAAGCAGAGUUGGACUUUUUCAUCAAGGGAUCUGUGUCAUUAACAAAAAGCGAACGACCCUGUCCGGUCAAAUGGCUGCCCGACAAAAGUUGGGAAGAUAUAAUGAAGCUGGCAAGCGAAUUUCCCCAGCCGUUCGAAUCGUUACCCGAUCACAUUGCCAAAUACCCCAACGAAUGGAAAGAGUGGUAUGAUUUAGAAAAUCCCGAAGAUGUCCCUUGUCCGAGGGAAUAUAAUAUCAACUGCAAACACUUUCAGAAAUUAAUGUUUUUGCGGUGUUUCCGUGUCGAUCGAAUUUUCCGUUCGAUAAAUCAGUAUAUUGUCGACACCAUGGAUGAGUUUUUCAUUAUGCCACCGGUUGUGAGCUUUGCAGCCAUUUACGAACAGACGACAUGCCAUAUACCCGUGUGCUUCAUAUUGAGCGCCGGCUCGGAUCCGACGAGUGAUUUGAUGAAGUUAGCAGAACAAGUUGGCGGUGGCCUGGCUAACUUUUGUCACAUUUCUCUGGGCCAGGGACAGGAAAAGGCUGCUCUCACUCUUUUGGACAAUGCUGUACGACAGGGCAUGUGGCUAAUGCUGCAAAAUGGGCAUCUACUAAUUAGCUUUGUCCGACAACUGGAAAAGUAUUUGGAAAAAAUCGAUGCUCCCCAUCCCGAUUUCCGUCUAUGGAUUACUACAGAUGCUAAUGAUAAUUUUCCAAUUGGAAUUUUACAGAAAUCCUUAAAGGUUGUCACCGAACCGCCCAACGGAUUGAAACUGAAUUUACGAUCCACAUUUUUCAAAGUACGCCAGGACCGUUUGGAGAGCUGUUCGCACAAAGCGUUCCUGCCAUUAGUUUAUGUUCUGGCAUUUUUCCAUGGCGUAGUGCAAGAACGUCGUAAAUAUGACAAACUUGGUUGGAAUAUAUGCUAUGAUUUUAACGAAUCAGAUUUCAAUGUUUGCUUAGAUAUCUUACAAACUUACCUGAAUAAAAUCUCCGAUGACAAAGUACCAUGGAAUAGCUUAAAAUAUCUUAUCGGAGAGGUUAUGUACGGUGGGCGUGUCAUCGAUGAUUUUGAUCGGCGGAUAACACGUUGCUAUAUGGACGAGUAUAUGGGUGAUUUCCUUUUCGACUCCUCGCAACCGUUUCAUUUCUAUAAAGAUGACAGCAGCGACUAUUACUUACCUGAUCCAGACGUGGUACAAAAGGAGGAUUUCAUUGCGCACAUUGAUCAACUGCCACUUGUCAACAAGCCAGACGUUUUUGGUUUACAUCCAAAUGCCGAAAUCGGCUACUACACACAGGCAGCGCGAAGCAUAUGGAAUUCGUUAAUAGAACUGCAGCCACAAACCGGUGAUGCAUCGGGCGGUCUUACUCGAGAUGAUUUCAUCGACAAUGUAGCCGCCGAUAUUCUCGAUAAACUGCCAGCAGCUUUCGAAACGUGGCGUGUCAAGAAACAGAUUCAAAUGAGUCUCACACCGACGGGCAUUGUUUUACUUCAAGAAUUGGAUCGUUUCAAUAUUCUCGUUGCGCGCAUUAAGAAAACUCUCGAGUUGCUAAGAAAGGCAAUUGCUGGUGAAAUUGGUAUGGACAAUAUUCUGGACAGCAUUGCAAAUUCAUUAUUCAACGGUCUGCUGCCCAACGAUUGGCGCAAAUUGGCCCCAGAUACAUGUAAACAAUUGGGCAGUUGGAUGGAACAUUUACAGCGCCGUGCUACCCAGUUCAAAUACUGGUCAAUGUCUGGCGAACCACUGGUCAUGUGGCUAUCAGGUCUACACAUUCCGCAAAGUUACCUAACGGCUUUGGUGCAGAUUGCUUGUCGCAAAAAUGGCUGGCCCUUGGAUAGGUCUCAGAUGUAUACGUGUGUAACGAAAUUCAUUGAUCCAGACGAUAUUGAAGAAAGACCUGUAACGGGUUGCUAUAUAUCUGGAUUACAUAUUGAGGGUGCCCGUUGGGAUAUGGAACGCAUGCAGCUGGGACGUUCGUUGCCAAAAGUACUGGUCGAAGAUCUGCCAAUAUUGUCGGUGGUUCCGAUUGAAUCACACAGACUGAAAUUACAAAACACCUUCCGUGCUCCAGUCUAUACAACGUCCUUGCGACGUAAUGCCAUGGGCGUUGGACUUGUCUUCGAAGCAGAUUUGGCCACAGCAGAAGACCUGAGUCAUUGGAUACUGCAGGGUGUUUGUUUGACAUUAAAUCGGGACUGA